CAAGGCGGGCGGGGCGGGGCUGGGUUCGGCGCACCGCCCUGGGCUGAAUCUCCUGGUGAAGGACCGUGGUGGCGUCUUCCGCGGCGGGACCAGCAUGGAUUGGGGUACCGAGUUAUGGGAUCAGUUUGAAGUACUGGAGCGCCACACGCAGUGGGGGUUGGACCUGUUGGACAGAUACGUGAAGUUUGUUAAAGAACGCACGGAGGUGGAGCAUGCUUACGCCAAGCAACUGCGGAACCUGGUCAAAAAAUACCUUCCCAAGAGGCCUGCCAAAGAUGACCCUGAAGCCAAGUUCAGCCAGCAGCAGUCUUUUGUCCAGCUUCUCCAGGAGGUUAAUGAUUUUGCAGGCCAGCGAGAGCUGGUGGCUGAGAACCUGGGUGUCCAAGUGUGUCUGGAGCUGGCCAAGUACUCUCAAGACAUGAAGCAGGAGAGGAAGACGCAUUUCCAGGAAGGUCGCCGGGCCCAGCAGCAGCUAGAAAAUGUAUUCAAGCAGCUGGAGAAUAGUAAGCGGAAAUUCGAGCGGGACUGCAGGGAAGCCGAAAAAGCAGCCCAGACUGCGCAGCGACUAGAUCAGGACAUAAAUGCAACCAAGGCGGAUGUAGAAAAGGCCAAGCAGCAAGCCCACCUUCGCAGCCACAUGGCAGAAGAAAGCAAGAAUGAAUAUGCUGCCCAGCUGCAGCGUUUCAACCGUGACCAGGCUCACUUCUACUUCUCCCAGAUGCCCCAGAUAUUUGAUAAGCUACAGGAUAUGGAUGAACGCCGGGCCUCUCGCUUGGGGGCCGGGUACCGGCUCCUCUCUGAGGCGGAACUCCAGGUGGUCCCCAUCAUUGGCAAAUGCUUUGAGGGUAUGAAGGUGGCUGCGGAGUCCGUGGAUGCUAAGAAUGACUCUCAGGUCCUCAUAGAACUACACAAAUCAGGCUUCGCCCGGCCUGGCGACUUGGAAUUUGAAGACUUCAGCCAACCCAUGAACCGCGUGCCCUCAGACAGCAGCCUGGGCACCCCGGAUGGCAGGUCGGAGCUCCGAGGAGGCUCGGGCCGCAGCCGUGCCAAGCGCUGGCCCUUUGGGAAGAAGAGCAAGCCACGUCCCCCACCUCUGUCCCCCCUGGGGGGUCCCCUACCCUUGACAUUGUCUGAUGGAUCCCCGUCCCCACGAUCUGGCCGUGACCCCUUGGCUAUACUGAGCGAGAUCAGUAAGUCUGUCAAACCGCGGUUAGCAUCCUUCCGCAGCCUCCGGGCCCGUGGGACAGUGGCAACCGAAGAUUUCAGCCACCUGCCCCCGGAGCAGCAGAGGAAACGGCUGCAGCAGCAGUUGGAGGAUAGAAACCGGGAGCUUCAGAAGGAGGUUGACCAGAGGGAGGCCCUGAAGAAGAUGAAGGAUGUAUAUGAGAAAACACCCCAGAUGGGGGACCCAGCCAGCUUAGAGCCCCGGAUCACAGAAACACUCAGCAACAUUGAGAGGCUCAAGCUGGAAGUGAGGAAAUAUGAGGCCUGGUUGGCAGAAGCUGAAAGCCGAGUCCUUAGCAAUCGAGGGGACAGCCUGAGCCGCCAUGCCCAUCCCCCGGAUCCUCCCACCACCGCCCCUCCUGACAGCAGCAGCAGCAGCAACAGUGGGUCCCAGGAUAACAAGGAGAGCUCAGAAGAGCCACCUUCUGAAGAGGGCCAGGACGUCCCCAUCUAUACUGAAUUUGAUGAGGACUUUGAAGAACCUGCAUCCCCCAUUGGCCAGUGUGUGGCUAUCUACCAGUUUGAAGGAUCCAGUGAAGGUACUAUCUCCAUGUCGGAGGGGGAAGACCUCAGUCUGAUGGAGGAAGAUAAGGGUGAUGGAUGGACUCGAGUCAGACGGAAACAGGGAGGCGAGGGCUAUGUACCCACCUCUUACCUCCAAGUCACGCUCAACUGAACCCCACCAGAGCCAGGAAGAGGGGCAGGGGCAUCAGCUGCUGCUCCUGGGCUACAGGGGGCCCCCAGGACCUAUGCACUUUAUUUCUGCCCUUGUGGCUUUUGGCUGAAACCUGUUGAACCUGCUGUCCCUCCUCCCCACUCCACCUUACACCUCACAGGGACCCAUCGUGCCUUCUUGAGUGGCUGUACAUACUUGUCAAUUAAGAUCUUCCUGUUGAUCA